CCCCCCCCCCCCCCGCAACUACCCAGCCCUCGGGGAGGUGCGGGCCGGGCGGGGGGAGGUGACUUGAUGUCAUCCUGAGCAGCUGGGCGGCGGGUGCCGGUGCGCCCAGAGCCGGGGCUCCCGCGGCGUCGCGUCGUGCUGGGUCGGGUCCCACGACUUGAGGAGAGGUCCGCGCGCUGCUCGGGUCAGCCCAGAGCGUGCCAGCCGUCCGCACCCCGACCAGGGGCUGAGCUGGGGGCAUGCUCCGGCCCCUCCGGAGCCGAAGAGAGAACCCGGGAGCGCCGCCACCCAGCGCCAGCGCCCGGAGCUGAACCUCUGCGAAGGAGCCCUGAUCGGCCGCCCCCUCCCCACCCGCAGUCCCCUGUGGUCGGGGACGGAAGUCUGGGCUUCUGAGAAAACCAGGGUGGGAACUCUAACUGGACUCUUCGGGAACCCCAGGACCUGAGGCCUGAGCCAUCCUCCUCUCUACUCUGCUGCCCCCCAAGACUGGGCAGUUGCCGAAGGCCCUGGGGGGGGGGGCCCAGACUGUGGUUGUGUGCCCCCCCCCGCCCCAGGAUGGGCCCAAGUUAGUCAGCCUCACCUCAUUCGGCAUCCUCCGGGCCCAGAGGGAACCCCAGGGGCCCUGAAGGCUUGACCCACCGCCUGGCCACCAUGGAGACAAAGCUGCCCCCUGCGAGCACCCCCACCAGCCCCUCUUCCCCUGGGCUGUCGCCUGUGCCCCCACCCGACAAGGUGGACGGCUUCUCCCGCCGUUCCCUCCGCAGGGCCCGGCCCCGGCGCUCCCACAGCUCCUCUCAGUUCCGCUAUCAGAGCAACCAGCAAGAGCUCACUCCACUGCCCCUGCUCAAAGAUGUGCCAGCCUCUGAGCUGCACGAGCUGUUGAGCCGGAAGCUGGCCCAAUGUGGGGUGAUGUUUGACUUCUUGGACUGUGUGGCUGACCUGAAGGGGAAGGAGGUGAAGCGGGCAGCGCUCAAUGAGCUGGUGGAGUGUGUGGGGAGCACCCGGGGGGUCCUCAUUGAGCCUGUCUACCCUGACAUCAUCCGCAUGAUCUCAGUGAAUAUCUUCCGGACCCUGCCACCCAGUGAGAACCCUGAAUUUGAUCCUGAAGAGGAUGAGCCCAACCUUGAGCCUUCCUGGCCACAUCUGCAGCUGGUAUAUGAGUUUUUCCUGCGUUUCUUGGAGAGCCCAGACUUCCAACCCUCUGUGGCCAAGAGAUAUGUGGAUCAAAAGUUUGUCCUGAUGCUCCUGGAGCUAUUUGAUAGUGAGGACCCCCGGGAGCGUGAGUACCUCAAGACCAUCCUGCACCGGGUCUAUGGCAAGUUCCUGGGGCUCCGGGCCUACAUCCGCAAACAGUGCAGCCACAUCUUCCUCCGGUUCAUCUAUGAACUCGAGCACUUCAAUGGUGUGGCUGAGCUGCUGGAGAUCUUAGGAAGCAUCAUCAAUGGCUUUGCGCUGCCCCUGAAGACCGAGCACAAGCAGUUCCUGGUCCGGGUCCUGAUUCCCCUGCACUCUGUCAAGUCACUGUCUGUCUUUCAUGCCCAGCUGGCAUACUGUGUGGUGCAGUUCCUGGAGAAAGACGCCACCUUGACAGAGCACGUGAGUACCUCUGGGGGGCAAGGCAGGCCCCACCCCUGCAGGUCUGACUCCUCUCUGCCUCAACUCCCACAGGUGAUCCGGGGGCUGCUCAAAUACUGGCCAAAAACCUGUACCCAGAAGGAGGUGAUGUUUCUGGGGGAGAUGGAAGAGAUUCUUGAUGUCAUCGAGCCUUCCCAGUUUGUGAAGAUCCAGGAACCCCUCUUCAAGCAGGUGGCCCGCUGUGUGUCUAGCCCCCAUUUCCAGGUUGCAGAGCGGGCUCUGUAUUUCUGGAACAAUGAGUAUAUCCUGAGCCUCAUUGAGGACAACUGCCACACUGUGCUGCCUGCUGUGUUUGGGACCCUCUACCAAGUCUCUAAGGAACACUGGAAUCAAACCAUCGUAUCUCUGAUCUACAAUGUGCUCAAGACAUUCAUGGAGAUGAAUGGAAAGCUGUUUGAUGAGCUCACAGCCUCCUACAAGCUAGAGAAGCAGCAAUGUUUAGUGUCCCUGUGUUCCUGCCAAGUGCCGGGCCAUCCACGCCCAGCCCCCCACUGCCUCCUCCAGUCGUGCUCCCACGUCCUUCCAGGGAGCAGCAGAAGGCCCGGGAGCGUCAGGAGCUAUGGCAAGGCCUGGAGGAGCUACGGCUACGCCGGUUACAGGGGACCCAAGGGGCCAAAGAGGCCCCCCUCCAGCGGCUUACACCCCAGGUGGCCACCAGUGGGGGUCAGAGCUAGAGAUCCCCUAGAAGGGGAAGAGCUAAAUUCGGAGCUCUCAGUCCCUCCAUCCCCUCUCCUGCCCAGGGGCCCAGAGAGACACACACCUACCCCUGGCCUUGCCAGAGCGGGCCUGGAGGGCUCCCUGCCUGGCCCGGCAUGGGCAGCUUUUGCUAUGGGGAGAGGAGGAGAGAUGGUGGUCCUGGCAACAGAACUCUCAGGCCUUUGUGGCAGGACUCGACCAGGGCAGGCUUGACCAGGAAGCUGCCAUCAGGGACUGCACCUGCCCCGCAAAGCUGGGCUCCAGACUGCAGGCAGGUUCCCACCCCGGCUCCUGCCUAGAGCAAGGGCACUUAGCCCCUUGCCUGCCCUGCCUCGUGCCAGCACGAGGUUCUUCCUCACCCCACCAUGGGAUCCAUGGUCUAUUUAUUCUCCCCAGCUCACCCCCAACACAGACGCUGUCCUGGGCCUGGGGCAUUUUCUUUCCCUCCUCUCCCUCACCCUGUACUUCCUUGUCCCCUUUUUAUUUAUUGGGCAGGGGGAGGGGUGAGGGCAUAGGCAGAAGAGAUUCCCCGUGUCCUAGGGUGGGGGGGGUGUCACAGUUACCAUGGUCUGUCCCCCUUCCCCUGCCUGGGGGUAGACUUAAUAAAGAGAGAAACUUGAGAA